CUCAAAAACUCCCCCAUCUGCUCCUCCUCCUCGUUCUCGCUUUCCUGUACCAAAGCAUGGCAAACAUAGCAAAGAAAAUGCUCGCGACAAGCUUUACAUACAACUCUGUGCGUGUUGAGAUUCCGGCCUACCUGUCCUCCACACUCGGUGCGGAGCAGGUGCAGAAGUUCCCGCCUUUUGUGAGGUGGUUUGAGCGGUUGCAGGCGAGCCUCGCGAGCACGGCUAGCGGUGGUGUGGGGAAGUAUUAUCAGUUGAAGAAUAUUGAGAUCCAGAGUGCCGAUUUCUUUGCUAAAGGAACGAAACUUGGAUUUCUGAAAAUCAAAGCUCUGGUCGAGGACGACACCGGUAGCAGCUUACCGGGAAUUGUACUGCUCCGAGGACAAAGCGUCGCCAUCCUUGUGCUUGUCUAUCCAUCGCUCGAUCCCGCGGCUAAUAAUCCAGCAGAUUACGACGACAUAAUCAUCACAAUCCAACCCCGCAUCGCAGGCGCAGACAUGGCAAUGGCCGAAAUCCCCGCGGGCAUGUACGACCCCGAAGACAACCGGCUGUCCUUCGCCGCCCAGCGCGAGCUGAAAGAAGAAUGCGGGAUCGAGGUCGUCGCAGACGACAUGCGCCCGCUGCUGUCUGCCGCCGCUGAUCGCGCUGGCGGCAUAUUCCCGAGCGCGGGCGCGCUCGACGAGCAAUUGCAGUUCUUUUAUUGUCGGAAACUGAUGCAUGCGCGCGACAUCGAGGAGCUCGAAGGACGAGCGGGCGGGGCGGAGGAUGAGCGGGAAAAGAUUACGCUGAAGGUUGUGCCGCUUAGUGACUUGAUCACGGCUACGCUGGACGCAAAGGCAAUCAUCGCGGCGGCGCUCUACAAUAAUUUGGCAAAAUAG